AUGAACGUGAACUACGUGAAGCUGAAUCCCGGCGCCCACCUGAAGCCCCACUUUGGCAACGGCCCUCGCUUGUCCGCUCACCUGUCCGUCAUCGCGCCGGAGCCGCUGCACGCAGCCAUGCAGGUUGGGACCGAGCGCGUCCUGUGGCUGGAGGGGAAGGCGAUCGUCUUCGACGACACGUAUCCCGAGGAGCCGAACCACUGGGAGAGCGGACGUGCUGCUGGUGUGGUUCUGCCACCCCUGCGACAGCGGGCACCCCCACGGGCAGGAGUGCCCGGACUCGUGACCGAGCGGGGAAAAAGGGAGCCACGACACGCUCAGGCAAGCCCAGGAGAUCGCUGCAGAGCGAUUUUGGAGCGCUCUCGGGAGCCAGUCGAUGUGAGAACGGACGAUUUCCACAAUUUAAGAACGUGA